AUGUCUCAUACCCAACCCUCCCCGACCGCGAGUGUCGCCCACCAUCAGGCGCACAUGGCGACACACCAGCAGGUCAAUGGACACAUGCCGCCGAUGCCGGCGCAAGGCCAGAAAGCCGUUUCUCUCACCACCGCCCAGAAGAUCACCGCGCUUAAUGAGCAGGUGUGGCUUCACAUUGGCAGCUUGACUGAGUUGAUGGGAGAUUUGGAUGGCUCAAUGAACGCGUAUGAACAGGCUUUGCGCCACAACCAAUGGUCUGUGCCGGCCAUGAAUGCGAUCUCCUGCAUUCUCCGGACAAAGGAGCAGUUUCCCAAGGCGAUCGAGUACCUGCAGAACAUCUUGAAGCUUGACCCAUCUAGCGGUGAGACUUGGGGCAGUUUGGGCCACUGCCACCUGAUGAUGGACAACCUGCAGGAGGCCUACACUUCAUACCAGCAGGCUUUGUAUCACCUGCGCGAUCCUAAGGAACCCAAGCUGUGGUACGGAAUCGGUAUACUAUACGAUCGCUACGGUUCUCUCGACCACGCCGAGGAGGCUUUCUCGCAGGUUAUGCGCAUGGCCCCAGAGUUCGAAAAAGCCAAUGAGAUCUAUUUCCGUCUCGGUAUCAUUUAUAAGCAACAGCAGAAGUUUAGCCAGAGUCUCGAGUGCUUCAAAUACAUUGUCAACGACCCCCCACGUCCCCUGACCGAGGAGGAUAUUUGGUUCCAAAUUGGCCAUGUUCACGAGCAACAGAAGGACUUCGAUUCCGCUCAAGCCGCUUAUCGACGUGUUCUCGAUCGGGAUCCCAACCACGCCAAAGUCCUUCAACAGCUGGGAUGGCUCUACCACCAGCAAAGCACGAGCUACCAAAGCCAGGAUAAGGCGAUUGAGUUCCUGGAGAAGUCGGUUAGCGCAGAUAACAACGAUGCCCAGAGUUGGUACCUUUUGGGUCGCUGCUACAUGUCGCAAGCCAAAUACCCCAAGGCCUACGAAGCCUACCAACAAGCCGUUUACCGCGACGGACGCAACCCUACCUUCUGGUGUUCGAUUGGUGUUCUCUACUACCAGAUCAACCAGUACCGGGAUGCGCUCGACGCCUAUUCUCGUGCUAUCCGCUUGAACCCAUACAUCUCGGAGGUCUGGUACGAUCUGGGCACUUUGUACGAAUCGUGCAACAACCAGAUUGCGGACGCGCUCGACGCGUACGGUCGCGCCGCUGAUCUUGAUCCCAGCAACGUCCACAUCAAGGCUCGUCUGCAGCUGCUCCAGAGCCAAAUGUCUGGUUCUGGUCAGCAAGGCACCGCCCCCGCACCGCAGCCACAGGACGUCCACCCUCAGGCUUACCAGGCUCCCGGUGUUGGUCAACCCCCCGCUCCUCAAUGGGGUGCUCCAGCUCCGAUCGGCCCGCCACCGCAGGCGCCUGCCCCCCCUCGCCAGAUCGAGAGCUGGAACCGUGGCAUCAAUGACCUGCAGUCGCAAGGCCCCGCUCCUGCCAAUGGUCUGGAGGCGCGUGAUGCUCCUCGUAUUCCCGGUGCUGCUCCCCAAGCUAGCCCUCGCCAAGAGCCUGGUCGCGCUUUCCCUGACCCUCGUGGUCUGGCCCGCUCGCCGAAGAUGGGUGGCCCUGGUGCCUACCCUCCCCCGCACACCUUGCCUCAGUUGGGAAAUGGCCCAGCCCCCGGCCAUGAACGUGCCCCCAGUGGCGGCAACGGCUUUAACCCUGUUGCCAGAGGCCCCGGUCUGCCUCCCGCUCCCGGUGCCGCCCCCCUGCUGGUCCGAACGGUGGGGCUCCUCCCGUUGUUGCCGGUGCUACUGGUGCUGCCCCUCCUCCAUACCACCGUCCUUUCACACCCCCAACUGAGAUUCGCCUUCCACACUGGCCCUCACCACCCCCCUGGCCCAGGUAUGCCUGCUCCAGGUGUCAAUGCGCAGUCCAGCAUUGAUGGCGGUGCUCCUGCCCCUGCGGCUGCGGCUGCUGCUGCCGAAGCUGCUGCUCGUGAGCGGGGCGAAGAUCGUCCUGCCUCUGCGAUGAAGCGUGGCCGUGAAUGGGAGGAGACUGGCCCGGUCAAGAAGUUGGCCAACGAGGAAAGCCGAGCGCGUCUAGAUGAUCAGAACAGCCGCCGCCCGAGCCCACCUUCCCACAUGCCAUCUCCCGGUGAGAUGCAACGCCGCAGUUCCUCGGAGGCUCGUCGCGAAGAUGCACAACAUGCCACCUCACGCUGCCGGUGGCCCCAGCCUCCCCCCAUGGCUGAGAGCGCUGGUCCUGCCCCUAACGGCCCUCCUUCUGCCCCUCCCUCGGCCAACACCCCGGUCAAGGAGGAGUCCCGUCGCCCGGAAGCUCCUUCGUCUCACGAGCCCCCAGCUCGCAAGAUGGACGUUGAUGAGGACUACGAUGAUGACGUGGACGAGGAGAAAAAGGCUGCCGUCGCAGUCAAGGGCAGUCCCAAUGGCAGUGCCUCUGGCGCCAAUGGUAACGGAGUUGCCAGCAAUGGCCGUCCCGGUACUCCCUCGAAGACUGAGUCCUCGUGA